ACCUGCUGGGCUUAUACCUGCACAAUUUGGACAUUUGUCUGCUGUGUUUGAUUUUAUACACGAGGGGGUUGUUCAAACUGCGGACAUGACAGAGACAACUUCAGUGUGAAACAUCUCUCAUUUAUUUAACAAGGAUACACUACCAUCUCCAUUUGAACCUUUGCUUCACCUCCGUGCUGACAUGUCGGUGUCCCUGUCCAGCAUCCCUGUAGUGCUGAAGGACAAGAGCUACCAUGGCGGCAUGCUGAAGGGCAGUCCCGCUCGCGGCUUCUACCCUGCCCCUCUCCCCGGCCCCCACCACUACUUGGACUUCUUCCCGCGGACUCAUAGCCUCCUCCACCCGCUCAAGUCUCUCGGUCGCCUGGUGUCCGACACUCAGGCGCCCCUGCAGCUCAGCCUGCAAGGCGGAGCCCCUCCGUUUCUCGGCCAGGGCAGCCACCACGCCUCGGUCCUGCACGAACACAUGUUGAACGCCUCCGGCAUCCCCUACCUGAGCCAGAUGUUGCCCGGACACCCGCUGUACUCCAAACCGGAGGAGCUGGCCGCUGUGGUGACCGAGCACGCCGCUGGCCCGCUUUCCUCGGACUUCAGCAGCCCGUCCAGUGAAAGGUCCUCUUCUUCCGCCACCUCACCGCCCAAGGAGAGUUUGUUUCGCCUCCGGGGCGCAGACCUGUCGCCAGAAAAAACGCGCACGUCUUAUAAUUUUAGCGAGGACGACUUGUUCAUGGUUCUUUACGGUUACUCCAGCGGCCAGGAGCGAAACGUGGGUCAUGCUAUAUCAGGACUGGCCCUGCCGGAAAAGUCAGUUUUGGAAUCUCACAUUCUCCCACUGGACAAAGAAACGCUUGAACUUCCAGAGGGGUUAACCAUCCUCCAGGCAGCUUGGGGAAACAUCUCGCACCAUGGGGUCUUCACAGACAAAAACAGCAUCCCUAAAGGGACGCGCUUCGGACCUUUCCAAGGAAAGCUGGUCAAUACAAGCGAGAUUAAAACCUACGACGACAACACCCUGAUGUGGGAGGUGUUUGAAAACGGCCGGUUGAGUCAUUUCGUGGACGGCAGGGGAGGCUCGGGAAACUGGAUGUCUUUAGUGAAGUGUGCUCGCUUCCCAGAUGAGCAGAACCUAAUUGCUGUACAGGUCCAGGGUCAGAUCUUCUAUGAGGCCUGCAAAGAGAUCCUGCCUGGACAGGAGCUGCUGGUGUGGUACGGAGACUGCUACAUGCAGUUCCUCGGCAUCCCCCUCACCCUGAAGGACUCCAGAGAGGACAGCAACGUGGUUCCCGCAGCUGAAGAUUCUGGUGAGGGUUUCAAGUGUGACAGAUGCGGGAAGGUGUUUGCAUACAAGUACUACCGAGACAAGCAUCUGAAGUACACGCGCUGCGUGGACCAGGGCGACAGGAAGUUCCCCUGUCACCUCUGCAACAGAUCUUUCGAGAAGAGAGACAGAUUAAGGAUCCACAUUUUGCACGUUCACGAAAAACACAGGCCUCACAAGUGCUCUGUAUGCGGGAAGAGUUUCUCGCAGUCGUCCAGUCUCAACAAACACAUGCGUGUGCACUCUGGAGAGCGGCCGUACAAGUGUGUCUACUGCAAUAAGGCCUUCACCGCCUCUAGUAUUCUGCGCACACAUAUCCGCCAGCACUCCGGAGAGCGGCCGUUCAAGUGCAAGCACUGCGGGAAGGCCUUCGCCUCCCACGCCGCCCACGACAGCCACGUCCGGCGGACCCACGCAAAGGACAAGCCCUAUUCCUGCAGCCUGUGCGGGGUUUCAUUUCAAGAGGAACAGGAGCUUCAAUACCACACGAAAAGUCAUAAAAAAGUCUUGGACAGCAAAAUUCCUCCGUCUGGAUUACAGGAGGACUCCGUGUUUCCAGCGAAGGACUAUCCUAAAAUACAGAAAAACGCCGGACAGAACCUCCCUUACACCGGGUUAACAGUUUUAAAUCCAGAAUAUCGGCCCUGGAACUAGUCUACACGAGCUAAACUGUAGGACUGGUUCUAACCGUGUGUGAUAUUUUAGAAGACGCAGA